AUGGUCGCUCAGUAUGUCGGAAAGAACCAUCGGCACUGGGACGAACACCUCUCACCGCUGCAGUUCGCGUAUAACACUGCCCGACACGAUGCCACCGGGUACACCCCGGCGUACCUCAACCAUGGAUGGGAGCUCGUCUUCCCGCACCCGGAGGACCGCCGCCACGCAACAAAUGCGGCCCCUCACCAGACCCGACGGCGACUGGAGGAAGCCUACGAGGUGGUACGGGUCAACCUGGCCCGAGCCUUUCAGCGGCAAGAUGCCCACUACAACCUGAGGCGACGGGAUUGGCGACCCCGCGUCGAAGACCUGGUUUGGAAGAGGGAAUUUCCACUCUCAAAGAAAGCUACGGGCUUUAACGCCAAGCUAGCCCCCCGCUUUACCGGCCCGCUCGAGGUAAGGAAGAUUAUCUCGCCCGUUAUAGUCGACUUGCGCGACACCCGGGGACGUUGGCAUAGACACGUACACGUGCAGGACUUGAAAAGCGCGCCGAAACCUCGCGAUCUGUGUCAACAACCGCGCACGUAA